CGAGCAACUUUGUUACUCUUGGACGUUGACAGGUCCUCUGCGUCCUCUGCCACUCUCACGCAGACUUCGCCUCGACCUAUGCGGUUAUAGUAUUAAUUUGGUCCUUGGCCCUUCUCAGGCUAUAGAGCCUCCCUCUUCGCUAUGAGCCACGCUCUUUGCGUUGCCCUCUUGCGGCCAUCGUGCGCCGCUUUACGACCCUCGGCACCCAUCGCGCAUCAGUGGAAUACUGCGACACAGGCAUUUGCGCGCCGCUUCUGCUCCCGGAGAUCCCAGCUGGCUUCCCAUCCUAGACCGUCAGUUUUUUCCGUAUUGCGAUCGCAUUGUUCGCCCGCUUCGGCUCCCCAAUUCCGCUCAUUCACCUUGACCUCCUACUGCUAUGCGAAAGCGGAAGAUAAGGUCCCGGCGUCCGCCAGCACGCAUGCGGCUCGAAAACGCGCCGUGAAGAUUGGCCAACUGCCCGAUGGUCCCGUAGGACCGGUCACUAUCAGAAAGCUGUUCGGACCUCGAGUCUCGGUUGUCGACGGUAACAAUGUGCUUCGCAUAUUACAUCACCGACGCACGUCUGGCUCGCUGGUCGACUAUGGUGUGGAUAAUCUAGGGGACCGGUAUUGGGGAGUAACUCAUAAGCACGCCGUGAAGGCUCUGGAGUGGUUGCGGGAAAAAUACCCAGUGGAUGAGGCGCGGGCGGCAGAAGAGUGGGCGGAAAGGGAGGCAAACCGGAUAGCGUACGAGCUGUGGCUUGCGGACCCGGAGAAUGCGGACUCCAAGUACAAUGACCCGGCACGGCUGUGGAGCCAACAGCAGAAGGAGCUGGAGGAAAUCAGGAAAGAGGAGGAGCAAAGGAUGGGUAUGCUGCAUGUGGGACGAUCGCAAUUCGAGCUCAACAUCGAGGAGCAGCGGAGAGCCAGAUUAGAGGCCCAAGCCAGAAAGGCCGAAGAAGAAGAGAAGAGACAGAAGGAGAUGCAAGAGCAGUUGGCGACAGGCAGAUAUGUUCUUACACCGUCGGGCAAGCAGGUCAUGAUCCCGGAAAACGGGCAAAAGGUAUACAUCGAUAUCUUUGGGCGCGAGCAGGUGAGCCGGGCAGAAGAGAUCAAGAAGGAAAAUCUCGAGAAGGCACAUUUGCCCUUCAAAAGUGAGGAGGAAUUGCUAUCCGCUACCACGUUGGUGCAACGCCUAUAUCCCAUGACUGCCUUUGUAUUCAUCGUCUGCCUUCUAUGUUGGGGUUUUGGACACUACUACGAACCCCCUUCACCAGAAUACCGACUCUGGCCCGACGUUUCUCUCACCACCGCAACCAUCAGUGCCAUCUUCGGCCUGAACGUCAUCGGUUGUCUCCUCUGGCGCUUCCCUCCGGCCUGGAAAAUGAUGACGCGCUAUUUCAUGCACGUUCCUGCCUAUCCCCGGGCCUUCCAGGCCAUAGGCAACGUCUUCUCCCACGUCGAAUACGAGCACUUCCUCGGAAACAUGAUGUUCCUGUGGCUCUUUGGCACCGCCUGUCAUAAUCUCGUCGACCGCGGCAUCUUCGUAGGCACCUAUGUUGCCGGAGGUGCCGUCGGCACCCUCGCCUCUCUAUACUGGGCCAACCUAGGUCGCGGUGCCAUCUUAGCGCAUGCCGUUGGCGCAUCCGCCUGCAUUUAUGCCAUCUCCACUCUCUAUCUCUUACUCACUGACGCGGAAACCAUCAAGAUACCGUUCAUCAAGGAUUUGGAGGUCGCGUUCUGGCCCAGAUCCUUACUAGCGGCAUAUAUUGGCUUUGAAUGCAUGAUUGCGUUCAGAAAAAAGGGAAAGUCAAAGGCUGAUCAUGCCAGCCAUUUUGGUGGCAUGGCUGUCGGGCUGAGCGUGGGAAGCUACCUGCAUGCUACUGGGUUCCAUGAGAGGAGAAAGAGGGCGGCCGCGCAGAGGGGAGAAGCUGAGGGUGAUAAGUCCCUGGAUAUUGAGAAGGAGUUGAAAGAGGAGGCGAUUGAGAUUAAGGAUGAGGUGAAGAAGAUUAUCAAAUAGACGGAGGUAAGA